UUCUUCUUCGGUGCGUAGGUUUGUUCCUUUUUUUUUCUCUAACUUCAUUUUCUCGGCGCUCGUUCUCGUCUCUGUCGAGAAACCGGCGCCGUCAUGGUUCACGUCAGUUUCUACCGCAACUAUGGGAAGACCUUUAAGAAGCCAAGGCGUCCCUAUGAAAAGGAGCGAUUGGAUGCAGAGUUGAGGCUUGUAGGAGAGUACGGACUCCGAUGUAAGAGGGAGUUGUGGAGGGUUCAGUAUGCAUUGAGCCGUAUUCGGAAUGCUGCCAGGGAUCUUCUCACUCUUGAUGAGAAGAACCCUCGUCGUAUUUUUGAAGGUGAAGCACUUCUUCGUAGGAUGAACAGGUAUGGACUUUUGGAUGAGAGCCAAAACAAGCUUGAUUAUGUAUUGGCUUUGACUGUUGAGAACUUUCUUGAACGUCGCUUGCAAACACUAGUGUUUAAGUCUGGGAUGGCCAAGUCGAUCCACCAUGCUCGUGUUUUGAUUAGGCAAAGACAUAUCAGGGUUGGUAGGCAGGUGGUGAACAUCCCAUCUUUCAUGGUGAGGGUUGACUCUCAAAAACAUAUAGACUUCUCUCUCACUAGUCCAUUCGGAGGCGGCCGCCCUGGAAGAGUGAAGCGAAAGAACCAGAGAGCAGCUGCCAAGAAGGCUUCUGGGGGAGAUGGCGAUGAUGACGAGGAUGACGAGUAAACCUUAAGGCCAUUACCCCACAACUAGGAACCCUUACUAGACAUGGUUUUAGUUUUGUUUCCAGAUCUUUACUGCAGUGGAUUCUGGUAUAUGUUUUGCUUUAAGUAUUCUGUUUUGUUUUCCCCCUUGUUUGAAGUUAUUUUGGGUAAUCAUGUUGUUUAAAGAUUAUAAUAUUUUAAUUUUGGUCAUUUUAGUGCACAAUGUUAUCUAUUUUAGCCAAAAUCGAAUAAAGGACC